GGGGGUUCAGAGUGGCCAACUGGCGUGACGCUCUGUCAGGAUUCCUAUUCCUAUUCCUCCCACCUCAGGCCCCCUUCUAGUCCUCUCAGCCAAAAGCCUCUCGUUUCCAAGGGCCGAGACAGAGACAGAGACAACGAGAUACACAGAGACAGAGACGCCAAGGCACCAGCAUCCCUCUCCCCCUUCUGUCCCGCCCCAUCGCUCUGACGGACACCAUUGCUCAGCCAAUGUCGCUCACGAUGUGCCCCUGAAGGGCCAAUGAGCGCCAGAGGAGGGCGGAAGAUUUCCCCGCCCCCACUUCUAGGCUUGGUUGAACCGUGCAGAUACCUUCUCGAAACAAAAGAUUUUCCUACCUGCUUAUACUUGGUAACCGAGGGAAUUACUAAGACUUCUUGCUCAUUUCUGAGUAUUGUCUUUAUAUCCUGACACUAUGAAUGCUACUUGGAUGCCUCUGAAGUCUGUUCUCUGGGGAGGCAGUAAGGGGCCGUGGAGCUGGCAUCGGGAGAGGCUGGACUUCCUGUCUCUCUGUGCUGAAUGGCUGCGAUGGCGCCCGCUCUCACUGACGCAGCAGCUGAAGCACACCAUAUCCGGUUCAAACUGGCUCCCCCAUCCUCUACCUUGUCCCCUGGCAGUGCCGAAAAUAACGGCAACGCCAACAUCCUUAUUGCUGCCAACGGAACCAAAAGAAAAGCCAUUGCUGCAGAGGAUCCCAGCUUAGAUUUCCGAAAUAAUCCUACCAAGGAAGACUUGGGAAAGCUGCAACCACUGGUGGCAUCUUAUCUCUGCUCUGAUGUAACAUCUGUUCCCUCAAAGGAGUCUUUGAAGUUGCAAGGGGUCUUCAGCAAGCAGACAGUCCUUAAAUCUCAUCCUCUCUUAUCUCAGUCCUAUGAACUCCGAGCUGAGCUGUUGGGGAGACAGCCAGUUUUGGAGUUUUCCUUAGAAAAUCUUAGAACCAUGAAUACAAGUGGUCAGACAGCUCUGCCACAAGCACCUGUAAAUGGGUUGGCUAAGAAAUUGACUAAAAGUUCAACACAUUCUGAUCAUGACAAUUCCACUUCCCUCAAUGGGGGAAAACGGGCUCUCACUUCAUCUGCUCUUCAUGGGGGUGAAAUGGGAGGCUCUGAAUCUGGGGACUUGAAGGGGGGUAUGACCAAUUGCACUCUUCCACACAGAAGCCUUGAUGUAGAACACACAACUUUGUAUAGCAAUAAUAGCACUGCAAACAAAUCUUCUGUCAAUUCCAUGGAACAGCCGGCACUUCAAGGAAGCAGUAGGUUAUCACCUGGUACAGACUCCAGCUCUAACUUGGGGGGUGUCAAAUUGGAGGGUAAAAAGUCUCCCCUGUCUUCCAUUCUUUUCAGUGCUUUAGAUUCUGACACAAGGAUAACAGCUUUACUGCGGCGACAGGCUGACAUUGAGAGCCGUGCCCGCAGAUUACAAAAGCGCUUACAGGUUGUGCAAGCCAAGCAGGUUGAGAGGCAUAUACAACAUCAGCUGGGUGGAUUUUUGGAGAAGACUUUGAGCAAACUGCCAAACUUGGAAUCCUUGAGACCACGGAGCCAGUUGAUGCUGACUCGAAAGGCUGAAGCUGCCUUGAGAAAAGCUGCCAGUGAGACCACCACUUCAGAGGGACUUAGCAACUUUCUGAAAAGCAAUUCAAUUUCAGAAGAAUUGGAGAGAUUUACAGCUAGUGGCAUAGCCAACUUGAGGUGCAGUGAACAGGCAUUUGAUUCAGAUGUCACUGACAGUAGUUCAGGAGGGGAGUCUGAUAUUGAAGAGGAAGAACUGACCAGAGCUGAUCCCGAGCAGCGUCAUGUACCCCUUUCCGCUCUGUCGCCCAGGCUGGAGUGCAGGAGUGCAGUAGUGCGAUCUCAGCUCACUGAAGCCUCUGGCUCCUGGGUUCAGGUGAUUCUCGGGCCUCAGCCUCCCUAAGUAGCUGGGAUUACAGCCACCCGCCACCAAGUCAGGCUAAUUUUUUUCUUUUUUCUUUUCUUAAGUAGAGACUGAGUUUCACCAUGUCGACCAGGCUGGCCUCGAACUCCUGACCUCGUGAUCCGCCCACCUCAUCUUACUGGUUUUUCUAAAUCUAGGCUGGCUUACUGGAGAAGGCUGAAAAAGAUGAAUAUGUGGGAAGAAUUGGUGUUUCCUUGACUGUAUUAAAAGAGUCUCACUCUGUCGCCCAGGCUGGAGUACAGUGGCAUGACCUUGGCUCACUGCAACCUCUUCCUCGGUUCAAAUGGCCAGGCUGGUCUUGAACUUCUGACCUCAAGUGAUCCACCCGCCUCAGCCUCCCAAAGUGCUGGGAUUACAGAUGGAGUCUCCCUCUGUCACCCAGGCGGGAAUACAGUGGUGUGAUCUCGGCUCACUGCAACUUCCACCUCCCUGGUUCAAGCAGUUCUCCUGCCUCAGCCUUUCAGGUAGGUGGGAUUACAGUCACAUGCCACCAUACCCGGCUUAUUUUUUUGUAUUUUUAGUAGAGACAGGGUUUCACCAUGUUGGCCAGACUGGUCUCAAACUCCUGACCUCAGGCAAUCCGCCCGCCUGGGCCUCCCAAAGUGCUGGGAUUACAGGCGUGAGCCACUGCGCCUGGCCUGUGUGGUUUUUAAAUUAACUUUUUCUAGUCUACUAAGGUUUACUCAGACCUUUAGCAGGUGUUCUUGGAUACUGACUAGGCCCAAAGUCCUCUUCUCAUCAAUGUAUUGGCAAAUACACUCACUUGCGAUGUGAUAUGAGACCCUGAGGUUUACCUCCCAAACAGCAGGAUGUCUGUUUUGAGAGUUUCCUGGCCAAGUGGUGGAAAGUACCAUGGAAAUGGAGUCUUCCUUGCUUCUUACUUAACUUGAGUUUGGACCAUAAAGAAGUCAUUCUUGUGUGGACCUCAGUUUACUCACCUGUACAGUAUAGGAUGGACUAGAUGAUCUAAUGAUCAGGGGAUUGGCAAACUUGUUCUUAGGGCACCAAUUAGUAAAUAUUUUAGGUUUUGCAGGCCACCUGGCUAUGUCACAGCUGCUCAGCUCGGCCCUUGUAGGAUGAAAGCAGCCAUAGACAAUAAGUAAACAAAUGAGUGUGGCUGUGUUCCAAUAAAACUUUAUUUACAAAAACAGGCUGUGGCCGGCCAUAGUUUGUUCACCCCAUUUUUGAGCUCUUGACAUUCUUUAGUCUGUGAUUUCGAUAAUUAGUUUAGGAAAAAAGCUUUGACUUUCAUAAAUAAUGCUUCUGGAAAUCUAGUAAAACCUUUAAAUUUUGGCCAGGCGUGGUGGCUCACACCUGUAAUCCCAGCACUUUGGGAGGCCGAGGCGGGUGGAUUGCCUGAGCUCGAGAGUUCGAGACCAGCCUGGCCAACAUGGCGAAACCUCGUCUCUACUAAAAAUACAAAGAAUUAGCCGGGCGUGGUGGUAGGCGCCGGUAGUCCCAGCUACUUGGGAGGCUGAGGCAGGAGAAUCGCUUAAACUCAGGAGGCGGAGGUUGCAGUGAGCCGAUAUCAUGCCACUGCACUUCAGCCUGGGUGACAGAGUGAGACUUCAUCUCAAAAAAGAAAAAAACCUUUACAUUUUAUUUUUGCUUUUUCCCUUUAUCAGGAAAGUAAUGUAGAAAAUUUAGAAAACCCAGCACAUUAAUAUUUUGGUUCCUCUCAUUAGGUAACCAUCUUUGGGUGGACAUGUGUACAUACAUACAUAACUUCUUUUUUUCUUUUGAGCAAAAAAGUACAUACUUUUUUUCUCUUCUGUCACCCAGGCUGGAGUGCAGUGGCGCGAUCUCGGCUCACUGCAACCUCCACCUCCCGGGUUCAAGCGAUUCUCCUGCCUCAGCCUCCUGAGUAGCUGGGACUACAGGUGCUCGCUGCCACACCCAGCUAAUUUUUUGUAUUUUUUAGUAGAGAUGGAGUUUCACCGUGUUGCCCAGGCUGGUGUCGAACUCCUGAGCUCAGGCGAUCCGCCCGCCUCAGCUUCCCAAAGUGUUGGGAUUAUAGGCGUGAGCCACUGCACCUGGCACAUGUAUAUGUAUGUAUUUUUUACAAAAUUGGAUGAAGUAUAAUUUAUUUGCUAAAUAUUUUCACUUAUGCCAUGAUAUCUUAUUUAAUCUUUAAUUUGUCUAUGAAAAUACCUGCUCUGCUAGGGGGCUUCUAGUUGAAAACUCAUUAAUUUAAAAAAUUAAUUUUGAAUUCAGCCACCUAUUCUUUUUUCUAAUUGUUUCUUGUAGCUUUUGCUUUGAUUGGAAUAACUUUAUUCUAGGAAUAAAGUUGUGUCAUCUGCAAACAUGAAUCAUGUACACAUCUGAUUUUCUUAUAUUUAUGUCUCCUUUUUCUCUUCAAAUUACAUUGCCUUUACCAUUGAUGGGAACCUGGGUAAUAAAGAAAAAAGAAAAAAAUUGCAUUCCCUACCACCUCCUCCAAAACAAUGUCAAAUGUUAGUUAUAAUGAUAGGCAUCUUAGUAUGCUAUCCCAAUUUAAUGGAACUGUUGCAGAUAUUUAAUGGUUAACUGUUGGUUUGAGACCUUUAAUGUGUUGAGUAUAUUCACCUAUUUCAAUUUUUUUUCUGUUUAAGUUUUUUUUUUUAAAUGAGAUAUGGCUAUUAUAUUUUGUUAAAUGACAUCUUAGCAUCUUUUAAGAUGAUCAUAUAGUUUUCCUCCUGCAUGCUACAUAUUAAUUACAGUAGUGUGUAUUCAUAGAAUUAUAUUAGUGGAUCUUAUAUUGAUUCACCCUUACAUUCUUGCAGUGAACCUCUCUUGAUCAUAUUAUUUUUUCACGUACUGUUUGACUUUAUUUAUUUAGUUUUGAGACAGAGUUUCGCUCUUGUUGCCCAGGGUGGAGUGCAGUGGCGCGAUCUCAGCUCACCACAACCUCCGCUUCCCAGGUUCAAGCGAUUCUCCUGUCUCAGUCUCCUGAGUGGCUGGGAUUACAGGCGCCCGCCACUAUGCCUGGCUAAUUUUUGGUAUUUUCAGUAGAGACAGGGUUUCACCAUGUUGGCCAGGCUGGUCUUGAACUCCUGACCUCAGGUAAUCCGCGGGCCUCAGCCUCCCAUAGUGCUGGGAUUACAGGUGUGAGCCAUCGCGCCCAGCCUGUUUGACUUUUAAAAAGGUAUUUUGAUUUUUUAGUUUAUACGUGUACAGUGCAUAAUGUAUUUAAGAUUCAUCUGUGUUGUUGUAUCAGUAGUUUCUUUAUUGCUGAGUAGCAGUCCUUUAUAUGAGUGUAUCACAGUGCAUUUAUCUGUUCAAUAGUUGAAUAUUUCAAUUAUUUCUAGUUUGUGGCAGCUAUGAAUAAAGCUGCCGUAAACAUUUCCAUAAUGUUUUUUGUCUGAACACAAUUCUUGUUUCUCUUGAGUAAAUACCUAGGAGUAUGAUUUCUGGGUUGUAUGUUUAUAAGAAACUGCCAAAACUGUUUUCCAAAGUAGCUGUACCAUUUUGCAUUCUUACCUGCAAAUGUAUGAAGAGUUCCGGUUGCUCUGUAUCCUCCCUAGCACUUGAUAUUGUCAGGUUUUUUUUUUUUUUUUUGAGAUGGAGUCUGGCUCUGUCACCCAGGCUGGAGUGCAGUGGCGCGAUCUCGGCUCACUGCAAGCUCUGCCUCCCGGGUUCAUGCCAUUCUCCUGCCUCAGCCUCCCGUGUAGCUGGGACUACAGGCGCCUACCACCACGCCCGGCUAAAUUUUUGUAUAUUUAGUAGAGACGGGGUUUCACCAUGUUAGCGAGGAUGGUCUCGAUAUCCUGACCUCGUGAUCCUCCCGCCUCGGCCUCCCAAAGUGCUGGGAUUACAGACGUGAGCCACUGCGCCCGGCCUCAAGUUUUUUGUUUUUUUUUUUUGCCACCUUAAUAAGUAUAUGGUGGUAGCUUCUUCUGGUUUUAAUUUUCUUGUCCCUAAUGACUAAUGGUUCUGAGCCUCUUUUUAUGUGCAUCUUUUGAUUUGCCAUCUGUAUAUCAUUGUUUAUGGAAAAAUACUAAAAUCUUUUUUUUUUUUUUUUUGAGACAGAGUCUUGCUCUGUUGCCCAGGCUGGAGAGCAGUGGCACAGUCACCACUCACUGCAGCCGCCACCUUCUGGGUUCAAGCUAUCCUCCCACCUCUCGGCCUCCCAAGUAACUGGGAUUGCAAGUGCGCACCACCACACCCGGCUAGUUUUUUUUUUUUUUUUUUUUUAAUAGAGAUGGGGUUUUGAUAUGUUGCCCAGACUGAUUUCGAAUCCUGGGCUCAAGCGAUCUGCCUGCCUUGGCCUCCCAAAGUGCUGAGAUUACAGGCAUGAGCCACCAUGCCUGGCCAAGAUACCAAAAUCUUUAUUUAAGAUGUUUAAUUGGGUUGCUUUCUUUAUCGUUAUUCUUCUUUUAUUUUAUUUUAUUUUAUUUAUUUAUUUAUUUAUUUGAGAUGGAGUCUCACUGUGUCGCCAGGCUGGAGUGCAGUGGCGCGAUCUUGACUCACUGCAAGCUCCCCCUCCCGGGUUCACACCGUUCUCCUGCCUCAGCCUCCCAAGUAGCUGGGACUACAGGCACCCGCCACCACGCCCAGCUAAUUUUUUGUAUUUUUAGUAGAGACGGGGUUUCACCAUGUUAGCCAGGAUGGUCUUGAUCUCCUGAGCUUGUGAUCCUCCUGCCUCGGCCUCCCAAAAUGCUGGGAUUACAGGCAUGAGCCACCACGCCAGGCCUCUUUUAUUUUUUUAGACAGAGUCUCGUUCUUUCACCCACGCUGGAGUGCAGUGGCAUGAUCUUGGCUCACUGCAGCCUGUCAUUCCCCUCGACCCCAGGUUCAAGGUGAUCCUCCCACCACCUCAGCCUCCGAAGUAGUUAGGACCACAGAUGCAUGCCACCGUGUGUGGCUAAUUUUUGUAUUUUUAAUAGAGAUGGGGUUUCGCUAUGUUGCCCAGGCUGGUCUUGAACUCUUGAGCUCAAGCAAUCUGCCUACCUUGGCCUCCCAAAGUGCUGGGAUUACAGGCAUGAGCCACCAUGCCUGGCCAAUUUCUUACUGUUGGGUAGUAAGAGUUCUUUAUGUAUUUUGGAUAUAAGUGCUUCGUUAGGCUGUGUGAUGUUCAUACAUUUUCCCCCAUCUGUGCCUUGUGUUUCAUUGUCUUAGCAGUGUCUUUUUCCCAGAGCAUAAGUUUUAAAUUUUGAUGAAGUCUGAUUUACCACAUUUUUUCUUCUGCACAUUUGGUGUUCAUCUAACAACUCUACCUAACCCAGACCUUGCCAGACUUUUUCUGUAAAAGGUCAGAUAGUAAAUAUUUCAGCCUUGCUGUCCCUGUUGCAGCUCUGCCAUUGUAGCAAUGAAAGCAGUCAUAGACAAUAUGUAAAUGAAUGAUAAUAGCUGUUCCAAUAAAACUUUAUGAACACUGCAGUUUGAAUUUCACAUAAUUUACAAAUUAUCAAUUAUAUUGUUUUGAUUAUUAGAAAAACAGGUAGUGGAUUGGCCAUGGUUUGCUGAUUCCUGGCCUGACAAACCCAAGUUCACAAAGAUUUUCCUCUUUGAUUUUGUUGUGGUCGUUGUUCCACACCUUCUUUUUUCACUGUUUCCUUAAGGUAGAGUGUACAUAUUUAUAAGGGUACAUGUAAUAUUUUGAUAGAUUCAUACAGUGUGUAAUGAUCAAAUCAGGUUAAUUAGGGUAUCCAUCAUCUCAGAUGUUUAUCCUUUUUUUUGUAUUGGGAAGAUAACAAAUGUUCUAGCUAUUUUAAAAUAUACACUAAGUUAUUGUUGACUCUAGUCACCCUAUCGUGCAAAUAAAAACUAAAACGUAUUCCUUCUAUCUGACUGAGUUUUUAUGCCCAUGAAUCAACUUGUCUUCAUCCCUACCGCUUCCCAGCCCCCGGUGACCAUCAUUCUACUGCCUAUCUCCAUGAAAUCAACUUCUUAAUCUCUCAUAUAUGAAUGAGAAUAUGUGAUACUUGUCUUUCUGCCCUUGGCCUAUUUCACUUAACAUAAUGUCCUCCAGUUCUAUCCAUGUUGCUGCAAACAGAUUUUAUUUUCCAAACCUUAAGCUUUAUAGAUGACUUCACUUUUUAAAUGGCUGAAUAAUAUCCUCUUGUGCAUGUAUACCUCAUUUUCUUUGAUUUUUCUUUCUUUCUUUUUAAAUAGAGAUGAGUUCUCACUAUACUGCCCAGGCUGGUCUUGAAUUUUUUUGCUCAAGCAAUCCUCCUGCCUUGGCCUCCCAAAGUGCUGGGAUUCCAGGCUAAACCACUGUGCUCCUUUAUGCGUUUUUUUGUUUUGGUUUUUGUUUUUAAAGACAAAAUUUUGCUCUGUUGCCCAGGCUGGAGUGCAGUGGUGCGAUCUUGGCUCACUGCAGCCUCCACCUCCCAGGUUGAAAUUAUUCUCGUGCCUCAGCCUCCCAAGUAGCUGGGAUUACAGGCACCCACCACCACGCCCAGCUAAUUUUUGUAUUUUUAGUAGAGAUGAGGUUUCACCAUGUUGGCCAGGCUGGUCUUGAACUCCUGACCUCGGGUGAUUCAUCUGCCUUGGCCUGCCAAAGUGAUGGGACUACAGGCAUGAGCCACUGCGCCCAGCCCCUUUGUGCACUUUUAAAAACAUAUCUUAGAAUUUGUGAUACAUGUUUUAUUUUCAUUUUCAUUUGGUUCACAAUAUUGUAAAAUUUCUACUAUGACUUACUCUUUGACCCAUGAUUUGUUUUAAAACGUAUUGUUUAAUUUUCAAACAUUUAGGGAUUUCCCAGACAUCUUUGUUGUUGGUUUCUAAUUUAAUUCCAUUAUGGUUAGGGAACAUACUCGUUAUGAUGAAUUAAAAAAAAAUGUAGAGGUUUGUAUAUGGCCUGAAACAUUGUUUGUUUAGGUCAAUGUUCAGUUUGUAAUAGGAAAGAUGUGUUCUGCUGCCGUUAGGUAAAGUGUUUCAUAAAUAAUAAUUAGGUCAAGUUGGUUGAUCGUGUUAAGGUCUUCCGUAUCCUUGCUGAUUUCCUGUCUGCUUGUUCUAGUGAUUACUGAGAAAGGAGUGUUGAAGUCUGCAACGAUUGUUAUGGGUUUGUUCUCUUUCUCCUCGAAAUUCUGUCUGUUUAUGCUUCCUGUAUUUUGAGGCACUGUUAUUAGAUGCAGAAACAUUUACAGUUUUGUCCUCUUGAUUAUUUGACCCCUUUAUCAUUCUGAAAUAACCUUUAUUUCUGGUAAUAAUCAUUAUAUUAGAAAACAUCAUUUGGCCAGACAUGGUGGCUCAUGCCUGUAAUCCCAGCACUUUGGGAGGCCGAGGCGGGUGGAUCACCUGAGGUCAGGAGUUCGAGUCCAGACCGGACAACAUGGUGAAACCCCAUCUCUACUAAAAAGAGAAAAAUAGCCUAGUGUGGUGGCACACGUCUGUAGUCCCAGCUACUCAGAAGGUUGAGGCAAGAUAAUCACUUGAAUCUGGGAGUUGGAUUUUGCAGUGAGCCGAGAUCACGCCACUGCACCCCAGCCUGGGAAGCAGAGCAAGACUCCAUCUCAAAAGAAAAAAAAAAAAAAAAAAAAAAAACAGGCCAGGUGCAGUGGCUCAUGCCUGUAAACCCAGGACUUUGGAAGGCCGAGGCAGGUGAAUCACCUGAGGUCGGGAGUUCGAGACCAGCCUGGCUAAGAUGGUGAAACCCCGUCUCUACUAAAAAUACAAAAAUUAGCCAGGCAUGGUGGCAGCUGCCUGUAAUCCCAAGUACUUGGGAGGCUGAGGCCAGAGAAUUGCUUGAAGCCGGGAGGCAGAGGUUGCAGUAAGCCAAGAUCAUGCCAUUGCACUCUAGCCUGGGUAACAGAGCAAGACUCCAUCUCGGGGGGAAAAAAAAAAAAAUUAUUUAAUAUUAAUAUAAAAUUAGUGUUUUAUAUUAGUAGUAUAAUACUGUUUUUGACUAGUGUUAAAAUGACAUAUCUUUCUCUACCCUUUCGCUUUUAAUCUAGAUACCAUGAUAUUCAUUUAUUUUUUAAUUCGUAAAAAUAGAGAUGGGGUUUUGCCAUGUUGCCCAGGCUGGUCUUGAAUUCCUGGGCUCAAGCCACCUGCCCACCUCAACCUCCCAAAACGCUGGGAUUAUAGGCGUGAGCCGCCAUACUUGGCCAUAUCAUUAUAUUUUCAAAUGGUUUCUUGUUUUUUCGUUUUUCUUUUAAAUAUAAUCUGACAGCGUCUUUUAAUUAAUGUGUUUUGGACCAUUUACAUUUAAUAUGAUUGAUAAUGAUUGGAUUUAGGUUUCCUUUUUAUUAUUUGUUUUCUGGUUAUUUCUUUUUUGGGGGGUUUCUUCUGUUUCUUUUUUCUGCCUAUUUUUGGAUUAACUGAAUAUUUUUUAGUGUUAUGUUUUAUUAAUUGGCUUUUGGUUAUAUCUGUGCUAUGUUUUUGCUGUAGGAAUUACAAAAUAUAUACCUAACCUACCUACUUAGAGUUAGCAUUUUACCUCUAAAUAAAAUGUAAAAGUAUCGCAAACAUAUAGGUUUCUUUAUUCUAGCCCCUCCUUAUAAUUGUAUAUAUGUGUGUGUGUAUGUGUGUAUAUAUCUAUAUACACUUUCAAUGUAUGUAGAUAUGUAUCUAUACUUUCAAUGUAUAUUAUAUCUACAUGCAUACAUUGUGUAUGUAUGUAGAUGUAUAUCUACAUACAUUGAAAGAUACAUAUCUACAUACAUAUACAAUGCAUGUAUGAUACCUUUGGCUACUACAUCCUUCUUAAAUUUCCUGUUGCCACUUAUGACCCGAUUUCCUUGACCAGUUAUUCCUCCUUCAAACAUCCCUCUUACAUGUGAUAGUCCUCAGCAUUUAGUUUCCCCAACUUUUCCCUAAUUAUCAGUUGACUCAAUUACCACCAAAAUAUCAAUGACUUUUUUGAGACAGAGUCUCACUCUGUCACCAGGCUGGAGUGCAGUGGCACGAUCUUGGCUCACUGCAACCUCUGCCUCCUGAGUCCAAGUGAUUCUCCUCCCUCAGCCUCCCGAGUAGCUGGGACUACAGGUGUGUGCCAACACACCCAGCUAAUUUUUGUAUUUUUAGUAGAGACGGGGUUUCACCAUGUUGGCCAGGAUGGUUUCAAUCUCUUGACCUUGUGAUCAGCCUGCCUCAACCUCCCAAAGUGCUGGGAUUACAGGCAUGAGCCACCGCGCCCGGCCAAAAUAUCAAUGACUUCUAGAUCCAUUUUCCUACCUAGACCUCUUUUCUAAACUCCAGAUAUAUAUUUCCAACUGCCUGUGCUGUCCGCCAUAAACUCUACCUUGUAGGAAAUAGAAAGGAGUUACAAAAGUUUAGGUUCAAAGCAAAAUUUAAAAACUCAUAAAUGAGACAAAAUUUUGUGAUGAUAAAGGCUAUGGUCCACAAUGAAGAUAUGAAAGUAAUGAACCUUUCUAUAAAACGUAUAUGUGAUAGAGCCGGUCCCCAACUUUAAGCCUUUCAGCGAUUCAAGUAGCUACAGAACAUCGUUAAAGUACUGAGAGAAAUGUCAAUCCAGAAUUCUAUAUCCAGCAAAAAUACCCUUCAACAAUUAAGGCAAAAAGAAAAAGAAGAAAGACAUUUUGGAUGAAGAAAAUCUAAGAGAAUGUGUUGGUGGAAGUUCUGCUCUAAAAUAAAAGUAAAAGAAGGUCUUUAGGCCAAAGGAAAAUUAUACCAGUGGUAAUACUAGAACUUCAGAGAUAAAGAGCAGCAGAAAUGGUAUCUGGGAAAAUUUAAAAACGCAGACGGUUGUUUCUCCUCUUAAGCUCUUUAAAAUAUGUAUAGUGGUUGAAAGCAAAAGUUAAAACACUGGUGAGACUUUCAAUGUAUGUAGAUAUACGUAUAUAUAGAUACAUAUAUCUAUAUACAUGUAGAGGUAAUAAUGGUAGCUAUUUUAUGGAGCUGAUCUGAGGAUAAAAUGAAAUAAUGCAUUUUAAAGUGCUUAGCACAAUGUCUGGCAAAUAGAAAGCACUCUAUAGGCCAGGCAUGGUGGCUCACGCCUGUAAUCCCAGCACUUUGGGAGGCCUAGGCAGGUGGAUCACUUGAGGUCAGGUAUUUGAGACCAGCCUGGCCAACAUGGUGAGACCCCGUCUCUACUAAAAAUAUGAAAAUUAGCCGGGUGUGGUGGUGGGCUCCUGUAAUCCCAGCUACUUGAAGUGAGGCAGGCGAGUGGCUUGAACCUGGGAGGUGGAGGUUGCAGGGAGCCAAGAUUGCACCACUGCACUCCAGCCUGGUCGACAGAGCAAGACUCCAGCUCAAAAAAAAAAAAAAAAAAAAAAGGGGGGGGGACAAUGUUACACUUCUUCCUUCUAGAAACAUACAUUUUAUAGAGAGUUGUUUUUUGAAGUCUAGAAGUCUGAAAACGUAGGAGUCAACUCUGAAAAAUCUACAGUGGUUUCUGGGGUUUAAUCUUGGCAUGACUUUACCCCUGCAUCUCUGCCCUCGGCAGGUAGUUUUGUUUAUGGGUGUCGUUGGUUGAACAAAUAAUUGUUUUAGUUGCUACAAUAAAUAAAACAUGAUCUGUGCUCUAAAGGAGUCAACAGAUGAGCCAGGGGGGCAUGAGUAAUUGCCUGUAAUAUAAUUGUGCUCACGCUGUCAUGGAGGACCGUACAAAGUGUCAGAAGCACAGUGCCAGGAGGCACAGCAAAGGGUAGUAGAGGUGACAUUUGAGCCCAGCCUUGAAAACUGUCUGGGAUUUCUCAGAAUUUCAGCAAAGUAAGGCAAUUUCUGUCUAAAAUAUAUAGGCAAAGUUUUUAUUAAAAAUAUGAGAAAUUAAAUAACAGAUUAUGACCACAAUGCAGAUUUUAAAACUAAGGUAUGAUGGGUGCCGUUGACCGGUUCAUCCAGACAGUUCAGAGAACAGAACAUCCAUGUAGAUCCUUCUUGUAUUACAGAAUACAAAGGAGCGGAAAAUUUUGCCUCAGUAACUGCCAGGUCAUUCUAGUUAAAGUACCUAUACAUUGUAAUAUAAUUCCUCCAUUAAGGUAACAGCCAAUCAGGUGGUACAGAGUCUGUGCCAUUCAGUCAAGAAAUUCACUCCCUUAACCUAGACUGUGCUGGAAAUUCAUUGACAAAUUUUGUUCUUUGGUAAUCCAUUUUUCUUCAGAAUUCAUGCAGACCACUUGACUUCCUUAGCAUUUUCUUUUGUGGGCGUAUAUUAAUGUCUUUGAUUAAGCUUCAGCUUCCGUUUGCAUCAAUCCUGUUGUAAUCGUGCCUCCUGAGGCAUCUUUUUGCUUCCCUUGCAUCAGUUUCCAAAAUCCUACUUUCUGCUUGGUAAGGGGAGUAUCCAUUUUCUUUAAAGCAGUGGUUUUCAAACUUGCCUGCACAUCAGAAUUAUUUGGGGAGAAGGAUAAAAAUACAGAUUACUGAGCUUCACCUGGGAUUCUGUAGAUUUGAGUUGCAUUUGGGAUUACUUUAAACAAUUUACCAUAUGAUUUUUGUGGCACCUCCACUUCAGUUUUAGGAAGGACUGUUUCAAGGCAGCUUUUCAAACUUUAAUGACCAUAGAAAUCACCUGAAGAUUGUGAGAAACUGCAGAUCCUGAUUUAGUAGGCCUGGGUUUAGGCCUGAGGUUCUGAAUUUCUCUGAAAUGUGAUAAUAGCAAAUCCCUUGUUGAGUAGCAAGGUUGUUUUUUGUUUUUUUCUUUUUUUUCCAAUAUCUUCAUGACAUUCGAUGAGUAGCAAAGUUCGAAGAUAACUUCUGGAAUUUCAUCUAAUGUGUAUUAAUUUUUACUCAUCUGGAUCUUAGGGGAAAUAACCUAUCAGGUUAUAGGGAAGUGUUUCUCAAAGUAUGGU